AUGGUCACCCUUCGACCCAGACGCAAAACCACCCUGAUGAAUCCUCCCCAGGCCCCAAAGGCAAUCCGCAAAUCUCCUCGCAAGGCUCCCAACAUCCGUGCCGUCACUUGCCAGCGCUGCUUUCUUCGCAUGGACAAGCACCCUUGUCAUAUCCCCAAAGGAGUCAGGUCUGCAGUCGAUGAGGCACUCCAAUCCACGGGCAAGCAGCAGCAGGACCAGAUUCGGGCAGUUCAUCGGAGGAUCACUGCCUUGAGCCGACAGCGUAACGAGGAAAAGAAGAAGGCUGUCAUUAUCGAUAUGGCCGCCGAGGAACAGCUACACCAUUCCCUCAAGAAGGCCUUGUCAUUUGAAGAUGAGCCAGCGCAAGCUGAGGAGUGA